AUGUGGAUCGGUCCUUUGCUGGCCUUUGCAGCUACGGCUGCAACUGGGGAUACUGUUCCAUUCAUAAUUGCACAUGCACUGCCACGGGGCCUCUCAACGUACCACCGGCUGCCAACACGACUAUCGACGCUGUGUCAACCGUCGGCGGCGAUACUGGACUCUGCAAGUUGGCGUGCCAGCGGGGAUAUUGCCCAAGUUCUACAUGCAGACAACACAAACGUGGACCUCGGCUGCUCGAGCGACGAUGGAUCUGAUCCUGACUGUGCAAAAUCCUCGCCGUGCGAUUUUACCAAGAAAUUCUCCACCCUGGAUGAGCUGGCUGCAGCUCUUGACACGCUAGCACCGGUAUGCGUGGACUAUUAUACGAUAAACGGGCUGCAGACGGUGCUGCAGGAGACGUUGGUAAACUACACCGACAUCACCAACAGCUACGACGACAAGUUUAACGACUACGUCAAGUAUGUCGAAGAGAUGAUCCCUAUCCAGUGGCAGGGCUUAAUGAGCUCUGAUGAGCCCUAUGGCCCUGGUAGCCAGUUCUUUCAAUGUGCCUACUAUCAAAGUAGUCAUAACAAGUCUACAAGCUCCUGUCCUGGCGAUAUCGGUAUCAUGUCGGGUAACUACACGGUCUACUACGAGCUGAUCAACUCAACCCGAUUCAAUGAUAGCGUUACCUCCGACUAUGGCAUUGACACAUCUUGGAUAGAGAUUUGUUCCAGCCUAAAUGACCUGGAUUGCACGCCAGGUAUGGAUGAGACGGGCUGCCUUGCUCUGCACAGCACGUACACGUACAAAGGAUUGCCUGUGAAGGCCCCGCACAGCGCCAUCAGGAUCGCCAAUCCCAAGAAAAUCAUGACGCAGGCCAUGCCUAACGUCCAGAAUAUCAAGGGCCGCCUUUACACGGCACGAAUUCAACUCGCACUUGGGGCAUGGCCCGGCACUACGGACGACCUCGUGCAGUCGCUCUCAGCGGCAGUCUUUAUGCUGAACCAGUCCGUUGCGAGCAUGCAGAACGUGGUGGACGUGGCAUAUUCGUACGAGGAAGCGAAGAAGAAGGAGAUGAUCAACGAAAUUCUGACGGGAGUCCUCUUGCUUGUACCAUUUUUGGGGGAGCUAGAUGCUAUAUCCGAUGUGUUUGUCGGGCUAUCACGGUUGAUCUCGAUGACGGGAGAUGUUGGACUAGGUGCCAGCACUGUCUAUGCUAUCGUUGAGAAUCCCAAUAUGUCUCCUCUGCUCAUUCUAGAGACACUUGUCUUCAGUGGUAUGCGUAGCCCGGAUUCGUUCGUGUCAAUGGGCAAGGCUCGAAGGGGUAUGAGGAAGGAUGAUAUCAAAGGCUUGGGCUCGAAUUUUGCAGCCUUGGAUGAAAAGUUCCAGAAUAUCGUUGCUAAGUGCCUCGCUACAUAA